UUCUUCUCUAGUUUGUUUGUGGAGCCCCAAGUCUUUAAGCUCUCCUUUGUUGGUCUUUAUGGGCUUUGUCCACUGUGAGUGUGUGAGAGAGAGAGGGUUUCAGACUUUCAGUCAGUUCCUCCAAUCAAACACAUAGAUUGAUUGAAAACUUUUUUACUCCUGUCACUCUUGUUGAAUCUGUUCUUUUGGAUUGUCCAUUCCUUUAUCCUUAGUACAAGAAAGCUCGGAGGAGUGGGGGAAAAAAUAAAUAAGAAGAAAAAAGAGAAAACUUAUUUACUUCUUUGUGAUUUGAUGGAUCUGCAGAUCUAACUCUUUCAUAACCACAUGGACUGCUCACCCAUUUAAGAUCUCCAUCGCCUCCAGAGUCCAGGCUCCAGCUGUAGAACCAAGUGACCAGCAAGAAGCAAAGGGAGAAAAGACCGAACAAAACGGGAUUAGGGGAAGAGAAAUAAGGCAACAGAGAAGGGUUUGUGUUCGUUUGGGCGUGAUUGGAUUGUUGUUGUUCAUCCAAAUACUGUUUGGAUGUGGAGAAAUUGGAGGCUGUUUUGGGUGAGAUGAGGGAUGUUAUCGGGCUUGAUGAACUUUCUGAGGGCCUGUUGGCGGCCGUCUUCGGAUCGUUAUGUUCAUGCUGGCUCAGAUGCUGUGGGAAGACAAGAUGGGCUUCUCUGGUACAAAGACACUGGACAGCAUCUUCAUGGUGAGUUUUCUAUGGCCGUUGUUCAGGCCAAUAAUUUGCUUGAGGAUCAGAGUCAAAUUGAAUCAGGCCCUUUGAGCUCAUUGGAGUCUGGCCCUUAUGGAACUUUUGUUGGGAUAUAUGAUGGUCAUGGCGGGCCUGAGACUUCACGCUACAUCAAUGAUCACCUUUUCCACCAUCUGAAGAGGUUUACUUUUGAGCAGCAAGGCAUGUCAGUAGAUGUAAUACGGAAGGCAUUUCAAGCAACGGAAGAUGGGUUUCUCUCUAUUGUUACCAAACAGUGGUCAAUGAAACCACAAAUUGCAGCUGUUGGAUCUUGCUGCUUGGUUGGUGUUAUAUGCAGUGGCACCCUCUAUAUCGCCAAUCUUGGUGAUUCUCGAGCUGUUUUGGGGAGGUUAGUCAAGGCAACCGGGGAGGUCUUAUCUGUUCAGCUAUCAGCAGAACACAAUGCAAGUAUAGAGUCUGUAAGAGAGGAGCUGCGUUCUCUGCAUCCUGAUGAUUCACAUAUUGUGGUUUUAAAGCAUAACGUUUGGCGUGUGAAGGGCCUCAUACAGGUUUCUAGAUCUAUUGGUGAUGUAUACUUAAAAAAGGCUGAAUUUAAUAGGGAGCCUUUGUAUUCCAAGUUCCGCCUUCGCGAACCUAUCAAAAGGCCUAUUCUGAGCUCUGAACCUUCUAUAUCUGUCCACCAACUUCAGCCACAUGAUCAUUUUCUUAUAUUUGCAUCUGAUGGGCUUUGGGAGCACCUAAGCAACCAGGAAGCGGUUGAUAUAGUUCAAAAUAAUCCGCGCAGUGGAAGUGCUAAGAGGCUUGUGAAAAUGGCAUUGCAAGAAGCAGCAAAGAAAAGAGAAAUGAGAUACUCAGACUUGAAGAAGAUCGACCGUGGUGUUCGCCGGCAUUUCCAUGAUGAUAUUACAGUCGUCGUCGUGUUUCUCGACUCAAACCUUGUUAGUAGGGCUAGUUCGGUCAAGGGUCCCACAUUAUCUUUAAGAGGGGGUGGGAUCAAUCUUCCUCCCAACUCUCUCGCCCCUUGUGCCACGCCUGUUGAACUUGGUCCUACUUGACAAAGCAGGCCCUUGUUCACUUUGUUGUACUGAUUCUGGACUGUACUUGGAUCUGUGAUUAUCAGGUAGUAUCCAAGAAAGACAAGUUGAACAGGUCUUCGAUUCUUUAAUGUACAAUGUAACAUUUAACUUGGGAAAGGGUAUAUUGAGUUAGUUAUCUUAUGAGUAUAACAGGGAAAACACAAGAAAGGACAGGGAAUGAGAGCUUCAAGGCGACAGCAGUUUCUCUCUUCUUGUUCAUCUUCCUUGGUUCAACUGGGAUCAUCAGUUUUGUAAAUUGUGUGAAACAUAAUCCAUGGCAAUCCAAAAUUUGUCUUUCUUCUUCUA